UUUUGGGUAUGGUGCUGCAGGAAAAAAGCUUAGCAAUGAGCGCUACACAUUGUUUGAGGCUGUUUGUGCUUUGUUUUUGGCUGCUGGUUGGUGAUAUAAAUUGUGAGAUUACCCAGAGAGGUCAUGUCCAACAUGUCCACGCAGGACAGGCCCCAAGGGGAGUCCACAAUGACAACAGAGACGAUAAAAGAUGGAGUGAACCACCUAUUGUCAGAAUCCCUGCAGCUGGUUACAAGAUAUCAAGCGUGGACAGAGGGAUACAAGGCAACAUUUACCCUGCACAAGAAGACCACAGCACUGCUUCUAGAUCAUCACAGAUCCAAAGCCAAUAUCCUGUUAUGCCUGAAAUACAAAGAAGCAAUGUUCCAAAAAGCCAAGUUAACCACUUCCAACCUGGCUUCAGCUCAGCCUCAGUUACUCAAAGACGAAGUAAUGUGGUGCACAGCCGCUCUGGAAACAAAGCAUUUGCUUUCCCCGAUGGCAAAAAGACUCCUCCAGUUCACGUCCCACCCCAUAUUUAUCAUGCAGGAACUGAGUCAACAAGAAGGUUGUCAUCUGUUGAGGUAGACAAACCUCCAGUAGGCUUACGACCCAACAACAGAAGGGUCCCCAUCUUCUCACACAGCAGUAAAGCAAGUCAGACGAUUCACGUAAACCCCUCCAGACCCAACACAAAUCUGCAAGAGUUGCAUCACAUACCCAGGCCUGAGGUUGGUGGACAUCGCUCUGCUUAUGUUUUCCCCAAAAGCUUUAAUCAUGGGAGAACAAACUUGCUACGAAAUGUUUUCAAACCCAUAGACAAGGAGACAGACUCCGUCAUAAAGGGAUAUUCUCCUGACAGCAACUCAGCAGGAAAAGUUGACUCACAGAUAUGGCGUCCCAGGGUCUAUAGCAGCGACGUGAUGUCUGAAGCAAGAGGAUACACCCAUGUCCGCCACCUCAAGCCUGCCUUUGACAAAACAAGGCCCCAAGCUAGUUCUACAGCAGGUAGAAAGUUCUUGGAAUCAGGGCAUCCACCUGUAAAACACAAUCCUGGCAUUUACAGCCAUGAUUCAACAAAACUAGGGUUUGGUCCCGGGGUUCCAGCAUCAGGUGAAAGGCAGCGAAAUUACAACUUCGGAGGAAGCCAGCCCAGCAGCUGGCAUCCUCCAACACCAGACAGAGCGCAAGUUCCUAUCCAAGGCAAAUUCAAACCUUUCCAAAGACAUCCUACAAAUGAUGCUGCUCACAACCACUCACCAUACAGUGAAACGACUCCCACUCAGACAACCCUUACUCCUCGUUUAAACUCCACGGGUACAACUUCAUCAAUUGUUCCUUCAGUUACUGGAAACUGGAGCACCAAGUCUGCUUCACCUCUGCAAACAACGGGCCGAGAUGAAGAACUCAAGCCUCAAGCAUAGAACCAUGACGGCCAGUCUGAGAGUUCAGCAGAAGUUGGAUCUUCCUUUGAACAAAACACUUGCAGUUUCUCCUCCAAAGCUGCAACCAGCAGAUAGAGAAAGGAUCUCAAGAUUUCUAGACAUCAUUAAUCCAGUAAAUUGGAGUUUAA